GGUGAAGUAGGUGGGAGACGGAUUCUGACUGAACAUAACAAGGCACGAUGAAUGCAGACGAAGCAGCACAGUCAGUAGGAAGGGCUGCCUGUGUGUGCGUGGAUUGUGAACAAACACAUUAAAUCUGACAUUCAAUUGGCGGGGUUCCUGAAGUAUUCUGUAUGAGUAGAGCUCAAUAAAACCAUUCAACAUAAAGGUACAGAAGCCUGAAACAGUCUCCAGGUACAACUUACUAAACCACUUUCCCUGUGCCAAGAAGAUGAGAUCAAGCUUCUGGAUUAUUUCAAAAACUUGUCAUUUUUGCACCUCAAGUGUUACAAACAAGGUUAUUCCAAAAAAAUUAAAAGCAAGAAGCAGAAGCUCACAAGAUUGGUUAACAAGGCAGCUGAAUGAUCCAUAUGUAAAACUUGCAAAAUAUGAACAGUUCAGAGCUCGCAGUGCAUUUAAGUUGCAGGAAAUUGACGAAAGACACAAGAUUUUAAAACCAGGACAAGUAGUUGUGGAGUGUGGAGCAGCCCCAGGUGCUUGGACUCAGGUAGCUGUCUCUGGAGUGAACAGUCUUCCCAAGGAUACAAACAGAUCUCAAGGAGUGGUGAUUGCUGUUGAUAUUUUGUCCAUUCAUCCACUACCAGGGGCAGUAACACUAGGUGGGAAGGACUUCACUUUGUCAGAAACUCAACAGGAAAUCCUAAAUGUACUUAAGGGUAGAAAGGUCAAUUUAGUUCUCUCAGACAUGGCCCCUAAUGCUACUGGCACAAAAGAACUGGAUCAUGAGAACAUCAUUGCCCUUGCAUAUUCUGCAUUAAGAUUUGCCAUUCAGCAUUCAGAUUUACAGUCCACCUUUCUCUGUAAGAUAUGGAGUGGCUUCAGAGACAGGCAACUCAUCACUGACAUGGAAAAAUUCUACAGAUCUGUUAAGGUUGUCAAGCCACCAUCCAGCAGAUGUGACUCCUCAGAAAUAUUCUUACUGGGUAAAAAGUUUUGUGGUUUGGGAACGAAGUGAGUGCUACUUAUUUAUUUUUUUAUUUAUGAAAUAAAAUAACUAAUUUUG